AUGGCAUUCCGCUCUACCUCGAACAAUGUCACUCACUCAAAGCUCGGCGUAUGGGAGAUAUACGAGGACCCGACUACUCUCCCAAGGAAGAGAUGGCCCAGCAUCGAGGCAUACGCUAUUAUCAAGACCGCAGCGCCCUAUGUCGUGCGCAUGCUCAGGGACAUUGCGUCCAUCCGCGAGUGCUGGCUCCUGCUGGCGGGCUGGGUCACCGUCGAACUCGUCGCGUCUCUCGUCCCUGCCAUCGCCCUCUCAUUCCAUGGCCAACUCCUCACAGUUGUCCAGACAGCAGUUGAUCACAGAACAGUCGACCCCCAUCUCCUCUUCACCGUCGCCGCUGGCGGCCUCGCCUGCUCUCUAGCAACUCGCCUCCUUCGCUAUGCAAGAGCUCGCAUAUCAGCUCCCCUCCACCGCCGUAUAAAGUCCUACUACUCCGUCCAUAUCUUCCACGCCGUCGUCCGUCUCGAUGUCCCUACCUACGAUGACCCUGCGGUCCAACAUCAACUCGAGCAGGCAUUUCCAAAAUCUCCCCACUCUACUAUUGCUUUCGACGCUGUAUCAGCAACGCUUCGUCUAUUUAGCACCGCCAUCCAGCUCACAUCACAACUCCCCGUCCUCGUCAGCGUCCUCUCUAAUCAACCAGAUGGUCCCCUCCUCGUCUUCCUCUGCCUUGCACACGCGUUUUUCCAGUGGGCAAAGGUCGAUAAGCCUUUCAUCGGUCACGGAGUUUGGGCUGCUACCACCACAGAUCCUGAUUACAUCAAGUCCGAGGGCCUCAAACGCGCCGUCACCAACCCCAUCCACAGAAAGGAAAUCGUCGCCUCGGGAAUUGCGCCUUCUCUCCUUGCCCAAUACCGCCAGGCUGUCGCACGCAUCGCAGACCGCGCAGGCGACUUUUAUGAAGUUGUAGCGUCCGCAACCACUCUCAGAGAUGGCUUGUCCAUCAACGUCUUCAUCCAAGAGGUCCUCCGCAGUAUGCCAGAGAUUGCUUUCGCCCUCCGCGCCGUCCAACGGCCCUCCUCCAUACCCCUCUCCCUCGCCUCUCUCAACCUCAUCACACAAACGACCCAAGGCUUCACAUACACCGCCUUCUCUCUCUUCGACGACACCGUCACCAUCGCCAACAAGCUCGCUGCCGUCCGACACCUGUACGAGGUCACAAAAAUCCCAAACCGCGUCAAGGUCCACGUGCCAAAGAAGGAUUCCAUCAUCGACGAGGAUGAUCCCUCCCUAGGCGUCCCCUUUCCAGAAGACCAGCAGAGCCUCGAGCUGGGCAUCAGCAUCGAAUUCCGGAACGUGUCGUUCAAAUACCCAGGUAGCGACGAGUACGCGCUUCGGAACAUCAACUUCAAGAUCGAGCGAGGGGAGCUUUGUGUCAUUGUCGGCAGUAAUGGCUCAGGCAAGAGCACGAUCCUCAAGCUGAUUGCGCGGCUGUACGACCCCACGGAGGGGCUGAUCCUCGUCAACGGCGCGGACAUCCGGACCCUCCGUCUCGCAGACCUCCGGAGAGCCAUCUCGGUGCUCUUCCAGGAUUAUACGCACUUCCCGCUUUCGAUACGCGAUAAUAUCGCCCUGGGAGACCCUGAGCAUGCGGACGACCUUGACAAGAUACGCCGGGCAGCCGAGCUGGGUGGGGCGGAUGGACUGAUUGAGCGUCUGCCUGACAAGUAUGAUACGUACCUCGAGCGCCCGGUACGAGACUAUUAUUCGACGCUGCCCGAGGGCAUGACGGACCUGUUUGGCCGCCCGGUUGAUUAUGGACGCGUGAGGGAGGCAGGUGGGAUGGCGAAUGCGGAGGGAGGAGGCGGAGCAGGGAAUAGAGGGUUGAGUGGAGGUCAGAUGCAGAGGAUUGCACUGUCAAGGACGUUCAUGCGUUCUGUCGUUUCCGACAACUCCGUUGGGCUGCUGCUAUUUGACGAGCCUUCCGCGAGCCUUGAUCCUACAGCAGAACAUGAUUUGUUCGAGCGCCUACGGAACCUCCGAGGCAGCAAGACAAUGAUCUUCUCUUCACAUAGAUUUGGCAACCUUACCAGACAUGCUGAUCUAAUUCUAUAUAUGAAUGAUGCAGAAGUACUCGAGGAAGGGACUCAUGAGCAGUUACUUGCUCAGAAGGGAGGAUAUGCCCAGAUAUGGAUGCUGCAAGCUUGUGCUUUCCUGUCAUGA